ACGGUCAAUCGGCUCCUUGUCCUCAUCACAUUUGAGAAAAGUUGCUCAAGAUUCCUGAUCUUGAAGUCAUCAUAUAUGCGGUCGAACAGCAAGAGGUCAUCCAGCCAAUAUCAGAACAAGUAGUUAUGGAUGCGGUCAAUGCUAAGAGCGAAUCGAAUAACUUUCCAGGAUGCCUAAACCUAGGACCGGAAGAUCAGAUAGUUCAAAUUAACAAGUUUGGCACCUUUGUUUUUCCGAUAUCAUUUCGAACUUUUGAAAGCAGUCUGAACAAAAUAGUGGUGUUCGACAAGCUCACCAAGAACAGAGAGCAUUGUCUAAUGCUGUUGGGCAAUGACGAGUAUUGUCGUAGUACUUUAAAAAACUUUUAUUACCGCUACUACAUGUUCCCACGAUUUCGUGGCAAGACUAACUAUUUCAAAGAACUUCCGCCGACUCCUUUGGCCAAGUUGCUGGAGUUUGGGAGACCUUAUGAUAAUAUGGCAGCCAAAACUGUUUUAGAGCUUGACGCAAAAAAGUCGAAUAACAUAAAUUUUAUCGUGAGUUUCGAUCAGUUUAAGAGGAGCUUGCGAAAUUUAGAUGAAAUCGUGGAAAACCUAAAACUGGUGGACAAAAAUUAUGCCGGCAAAGACCAUGAAGAGUGUGCCCAUGACUACUACAUGGCUUUUUACCUAACACCAGAGAUUCGCCAGAAGUACAAAUUCAAGUUGCGACCGUGUGCAACGGACUUUCAGGACCGCCUACUCGCUCUUCCGAGCAAUAAAUGGUCAACAAACUGAGGGGAAGCCUUUAACCUAUAUCUAUACAUACACCAAUAAAUUACCAACAUAUCAAACAUAAGUGAAAUGCCUAUGGCUGCCAUUUUCGAAAAAUGUUUUUUCUUUACGGUUUCUUUACAUAUAAUACUUAACUUAAGAUGUCAUUAUAUUAAAAUUACAAAUUUGUAAACACUAACGAUUUA